UGAGAGUGCUGUGCGGGAUAGAGGUGCGUUCGGGAGGAACCGAGGUAAAUUGGAGCUACCCAGAAGAAUAGCAUCUCUGUCAAUCAUGAUGAAGAGGACAGCUGUGUUGCUGUGUCUAUGGGGUCUUCUUUCCCUCUCUUAUGCUCAACUGUUAGAGGCAGAGGAAGGAGGUGAGGAGGAGGUGGUUGACCUUUUCACUACACCUCGUACUAAGCUGGCUGCCGCAACCUCUGACUUUGGCUACAACCUGUUUCGUAAAUUGGCUACCCGCAACUCCAAGGCUAGUGUCCUCCUGUCACCCGUGAGCAUCUCAGCUGUCUUCACACAGCUUUCUAUGGGAGCGUCUGAGCGUGCUAUGAAGCAGAUGUUCCGCGUCCUACGCUACCACACCCUGCAGGACACGCAGCUUCAUUCCACUCUUGGAGACCUGCUCUCCUCUCUUAGAGCCGCGGGGAAAGGCUUCAACUCUGUAGAGCGCCUCCUUGUGGCCAGAAGACUACAACCCAGCAUGGAUUUUCUCAACACUGUAGAAAAGCAGUACAGGGAACGUCCUCAAACUGUUAUGGGCGGAGCUCGGGAACUAAAGCCUAUCAAUGAUUGGUUUAAACAGCAGACAGGUGGCAAAGUGGACCGUGUCCUUUCAUCUGCCCUCCCGCGUAAUCCAUCAGUGGUCCCUGUAGGAGCAGCGUACUUUAAAGGUAAGUGGGUAACCAGGUUCAGCCAGGCCAGUAAGAUGGAUGAGUUCCAGUUGGAUGGACAGGCACCAGUACGCAUUUCCAUGAUGCAGGAAGCGAAUUACCCACUAAGGAUGGGCAUUGACUCAGACCUUGGCUGCACGAUAGCACAAGUUCCAAUGGAGAAUGGAGUCAGCAUGUACAUUUUCCUGCCGGACGAGGUGACCAAAAAUCUGACUCUGAUUGAGGAGGCACUGACUGCAGAGUUUGUGCAAGACCUGGCCAAUACCCUCCAUCCAGCGCAGGUGCAGCUUAGCAUUCCUGUACUUAAGCUUGUCUACAGCACAGACUUGCUGGGUCCUCUCUCUGACAUAGGACUGGCUGAAUGGCUGAAGGAGACAGACCUCACCAAAAUCACAGCUCAACCAGUGAAACUGAGCACAGUCCGUCAGAAAGUUGUCAUGGAGACAGCACCAGAGGGUAGCCAGUAUGCCAGCACUACCUCACCAGGCAAUGGCCAAUCACUGGCCCUUUCUUACCGUGUGAACCGGCCCUUCAUUUUCCUGAUUCGCGAUGAGCCAUCAGGGGCGCUACUUUUCAUUGGAAAGGUACUGAACCCACGCGACCUGGCGAGCGCUUAAACACACCACACAUGCAUACACACUUAAGUAAAUGUUGACAUACCACAAAGCUGUAGGCUUCUAUCUGAUUACUGUACAGACUCCCAAUAUACAUUUCUGCAGUGCUCUUUAAUGCAUGUUCAGCCAUCUAUACAGAGAUCAAGCAAAGCACAUUUACACAGAAAACACAAGUACUUAUAUAAACAUUUUCCUAAUAUGUCUGUACUUGUGAAUAAACACAUAAACACAGGUUUGCAAAUGCCUAUCAGUGGUCAGCAGUAAUGCUCAGAAACAAAUCAGCAGGUUUUAGUCAUAUUAUGCUUAGUAAUCAUCCACUUAUUGAAUUAUACUGCACAUUACAUACGAGCUUAUAAGCUCAUAUUUUGCCAUGCCAAGCUUUGCCAUGUUGGCAAAUUACCAUCAAACACCAGCAAUCUAACCUCAUUAUUAUUAACAGUUUAUUUAAAUUGGCUAAGUAUUUUGAUUAAAAAUUGAAAUGCUUCAUUAUUCCUUUUGAUUUAAAUAUAAUCCCAACUGUAUAUUUUUGUCAAAUUCUUUUUGGUGCUUGGCAAUCCCUAUUUGAAUAUUUAGAAUCAGCUAUCUAAAUGUGUAUAUUAAGCUAAAUAAAAAGUUGCAAAAAUA